AUGCAGGCGUAUCCGGAGGGAGAUGUCAGGAGUCUAUCAGCUGCAGAACUACUGGCGGGCCAGGGCAGCUCCAUGGUCGUGUUCCACCCGGCGUCCGCCGCCGCACACUACUCCGGCCGCGCGCCCGGCGCGGCCGCGCUGCACGAGGCCGCGCGCCUGCUGCAGCUACAGCUGCCGCCGCCCGGCGCGAAGGGCGGCAUCGGGGCGGCCCCGAUAAAGGAGCGGCGCCUGGCUGAGGGGGAGGAUGCUUUCAGGUGGGCCGACACGCUGCUGCCGCCUCUGGACGCGGUGCAGCAGCAGCAGCAGCAGCAGCAGCAGCAGCAGCCGCAGCAACAACAACAACAGCCAGGGAGCCCUGCUUUGGCAGGAAAGCAGGGCAGCCUUGAUGCUGAUAAGCAGCAAGAGCAGCAGGAGCAGCAGCAAAAACAGCAAGUGCAGCAGCCGCCCAAGCUUGGCAGCCCCGGCGCGGCCUCGCAGCCCCCGCGGCGGCGCCACAAAGGCCGCUUCCUGGGGAACGAGGUCCUGUUCCUCCCGCCAAACGCCCCUUACGCCGCCCGCUGGCCGAUGGAGGGCGGCCGCCUUGCCGGCCUGGCGCAGCGCGGCGGCUGCCGGGAAGCCGGCGGGCAGCUGCCCGACCACUUGAUACUUGACGGGCUGGAGGAGGUCUGGCGCUGGGGCCUGUCGCGGCUUGGGCUGGGCCAGAGGCAGUGGGCGAAGAUGGAGGCCGUGCUGGUGGUGCCGCGGUCAAUGACGGCGCGCGAGGUGCGCAGCGCUUGA